GGCAUACGUCAUCAAAAGAAGCCUCCUGGUGAAGGAGUACAGUAUUAAGCUUCCAUAGAUCACCCGGUGGAGAAUCAAUCUGUGCAUUUAGAAUAAGAGUUUGAGAAGAGGAACCUACUCGCUCUGGGUUGAUUCUUCAUCUUUCAGAGGUCGUUGGUCUCAUGCCGAGUCCCUCAUCCUCGACUUAAUUGGAACUGGUGCCACAACAUGUCAGACAACAAUGGCUCUUUUGAGGGUGCGAACAUGGAUGGUUUUGGUUCCAGUGCAUUUGCUUUGAGUUCAUAUUGCAACCCCACUGAAAAUGGUGCAGGGACAGCAAGCCUAAAUCAUGGCAUAAAUUCUGGCUUAAGCAUACAGGGCACCCAGAAUCUGGACAUGGUCUCUGCAGGAGCGUCCCAUAGCAUGCCACCAUCCUUGGAUGUAACAAGAGGCCCGAAUUCAAAUUCUUUGCAGAGCGGAUACUUGGACAAAGCCACAAACCUUUUUGCCAGUCUUGGUCUCCCGCGCGAAGAGUUGGAUGCACUAGCGUGCAUGUCUGAGGAUCAGCUUAGUGUGGAGAACCUGCAGCAGAGUAUCCUGCAGCUCAAGGCGCAGCGAGCUGAAGGAAGCAGUGUGUCUAACCGCCCCAGAGACUUCCGCUCCCCCCGACGAGAACAACCAUACAGAGCCGACAGGGAGGUGAAGCACAGGAGGACGGAUGCUUUUGCUUAUAGUUCUGGGAGAAUGGGAGGUGGCACUGACCUUCAUUACACUGCAGGGUAUCGUACUUACUAUCCCUCAGAAUACGACUGGGAUGGUCCCGCUCCUAGGCCUGAAAGGUACUUCUCGGAUGUGCAGUCCUGGAAUUGGCAGCAUAGAUCACCUUAUUCAAAGAGCCGUCCUUCCAAUUUUGACCGCAGGCCGGUAUGGGACACCAGCUAUCCAGCUCCUGGAUACGUGGCGCCUCCUCCACUGCUUCCAGUUGAUAUCUCAAGGAGAAGAAUGCGUCCUGAUAGGAGAGUGGGAAACGUUUCAGAUGGAAUGAAAUCAAGAAGAGGCGAGAGAUGUCACCCCUUGAAAGAAAAGCAACAUAGAGUAAUCCAUCUGGUGAACCUGCCGUCCGAAAAUUACACAAAUGAAGACCUGUUUGACUUGGCAAAAUCUUUUGGGCCUGUGCAGUGCUACAAAAUACUCCGAAGCAAUAAAGAGGCUUUUCUGGAAAUGAAGCAUCCUGAAGCUGCAGAGAAGAUGGUGCGGUACUAUAGGACCCAUGCUGCCAAAGUCAAUGGAGACAGGAUCGGUGUGUCCAUAUUCCUGAAGCACAAGAAGCUUGCACAUUGGAUGCGGGAAGAAGUCAAGUCACCCAGCACUUCAGGUGAAGCUCCGGGGAGUGGGAGCAGGUCUGGACGCUCAGUAUCCGGAGACAGGGAGUCCUCUAGAACACGAAGGACGUCCAGAUAUGACCGGACAAGAAGAGAGGAGUCAAGAGAUAAAUCCCUGGAGAGACAAGAGAGGAGGACGAGUCGGCAAAUGGAGGAGUCCCCAGAUAAAUCUAUGGACAGUUCAGAAAGUGAAGGGGAGGAGCAAGAGAACACAGCCUUGCGGCUGGCAAAAGGGGAGGGGCCAGCGGAUAAAUCCAUGGACAGUUCAGACACUGAGGGGGAGGGGCAAGAGAAGAGUGGCAGCAAACUGGGGCAAGGGGAGGGGCCAGUCGAUAAAUCCCUGGAAAGUUUACAGUCCCAAGAGGGAGAGCUAGAGAAUAAAGGCAGGCAGUCAACACAAGGGGAGGAGCCUGUAGAUAAACCCGUGGAGAGUUCAGAGACCCCCAGAGAGGGGCAAGACAAGAGUUGCAGCCAGUCUGCACAAGGGGAGGAGUCAGCAGCUGGGUCUGAGCUCAAGGAAGGGGAGAAGGAGAAAGCGAAGGCUGCAGGGCAGGGGAAGGACCAAUGCCUCGAUAGAUCAAAGAUCCGAAAGCCAUGGCCAUCGCAGAAAGGCAGAUUUUCUACAGGGCCUGGUGUCGAGGUAGAAGGAAGCAGCAAAGUGGUGGACAUUCGGUUCAGGAAAUGGUCGUGCUCUGUGGAGGACUUGCUGGAGAUGGCUGAGCCUUUCGGCACUGUGGUCGCCUACCUGGUUUACCAAUCCUCUGGCUUCCUGGAAAUGCUUACAUAUGAACAAGCAAGGGUUAUGGUGCGAUACUACCAAGCUACAAAUGAUCCUUCCCGUGAAUUGAGGAUUUGUUUGUCGGAUAAAAUGACCUCCGUAAAGAGACCACUCUUUGAACCUGUUACCUCAGUGCUGUGUUUCAGUAACAUUUCUAGAAAAACCUCCAGGGUAGAGUUGCAGGAAUUGGCAGAGCGCUUUGGGGCUGUGCUGAAAAUCACUAUCGCAAAUAAAAUUAAAAAGGCUUUUGUGGAAAUGGUAGACCGGGCUGAGGCAGAGAUCAUGGUGACAUUCUAUAAAAAACGCCCCUUGAGGAUUCACUUUAAAAAGAUCGAAGUGAGCCUCUUAAAGAAUUACACCUUUGGAUGUAAUGGUGAAAAUAUUGACACAGAAAAUGCUACACAGGAGCAGACUGUAGCGCCAGAGUGUGAGAAGGCUGGACCACCAAAGUCUGAAAAGACUGAAACUGUGCAUAAUGGAGAAGCAGGAAACUCAACUAAUAGGCCACAGGCUGGUAACAACAAAACCACAAACACUCUGGGACCAUACACACCUGACAGCCCUGUUGGCUUGGAGUACAUGGUCCUGAGGACUGGUUACUUCUGCAAACUGUGCAGCGUGUUCUCUAGCAGUGAAAACGAGAAGACUGCCCACUGCAGCAGCCUGGAACAUUAUGAGAAAGUAAAGACCUCGAUCACAGAAAUGGACCAACAGCUACCAGUGGAGUCAAUGCAGGUGUCUGAAACGAGAUAGAAUGAAGACUGUUGGAGGCCUGUAAAUCAAAAGAACCACAGAAAAGACUGUAUCAAAGUUCGGCAUUUCUAGCUGUUCACCUGAGCUUUGUUUAAAUCCUUGUAUAUAUAUUUAUUUUGGGAUUAUUUUGUAAAAUGCUUUACCAUUGAUAGAUAAUGCAAUUUGUUUUGCAAUAACCUUCCCUGAAGUUGUUCUUCUCUCUGCAACCCAGAAGUGAUGCUUGAGACCACAGCCUGGUGUUCAUCUUAUUUUUAUUUUUUUUAUUUUUUUGGUGAAACUGACUCCUUAAAAUUCUGUUGUGUCCUUCAUACAAGUGUGAUCUAGACAAAUAAACCUUCACUGUACAUUCAAUAAAAUCUGUAUUUUCACACUGAUCUUGGAAUAUACCUAUGGUCUAGAAACGUAAUACAAAAUGAUGGGAAAUAACAAAAAUUAUGAUUUUUUAACAAUAAUAGCUUCCCCUUUUUAAAAUAAUAAUAAUAAUAAAAUGCAAAUAUUUAUAAAGCCAGAAUCACAUGCAUAACAGUACAUGUAAGAUGUAUUGGAACUUGCUGGGCUGUUUCCUGUCUUCCUGGAUCAUUUGAAAGAAUGGGAGUCGCUCCAUUUUCCUAACUACAAACCUGACCAUUCGAGCGCACAGUAUGCCUGUGAGUGGCAUUGUUUCAUGGGUUUACAGUGAAGGGCUGUUAACAUCACAGUAGGGCAAAUGCCUUUAACUAGUGGAUGAAUGGAAGAUCUUUAACAACAAUCUAUUUAUCAGACUUUUCAUCCAUACAAACAUAUAAACAAAUUGUACAUUGAAUUGUUAAAAUAAAUGCAUACAAGAAGACAGUAGCACACCACUCAAGUGUAUUUCUGUAUUCAUUAAUUCUUGUUUAUCUACCAUUUUCCUAGCUUGUUGAACAUGGGGCCCAAGUCAGAUCUUCUGCACAGUGAAUGCCAAGAUCAUUUCCAGCUGUUGCACAGUACUGGUCUAAUCAUUCAAUGC